UAGUAAGCAUUGAGGCUCUUUUUUGGUUAUUCCUGUCACUUAUGCAGAUCUAUUUAGGUAUCACAAUUUGUCUCGUGGCUUUUUUGACGGUCAUCGACUGUGCCAUUCCGUAUUACCGCACACAUUCAAACUUUGGAUCACUGGGCAGGAGAAAAGUUAGACAAGUCCAGAGAGAUCUCACAUAUAGAUGGCCAAACAAUACGGUUCCAUAUUAUGUGGGAAAUGUGACAAGUACAAUCAAGAAAUCUGUGAGAUUAGCUAUUGAGGAGCUUCAGGCAUGGACUUGUAUUCGGUUUCAAAACGUUAAUGAGAAAUAUUCAGAUGGAGAUUCGGUCCGAAUAGUUGAUCUUGGAUCAUGCUCAUCUCCGAUUGGACGCCAACAAAUUGGAACUCAAGAUGUCUCCUUGACUAAGAAUUGUUGGGGAAUGGGAACUGCAAUUCACGAAUUAAUGCAUGCAAUUGGGAUCGAGCAUACUCAAUCCAGAAGUGACAGGAAUCGAUAUUUAGAUAUUCUAGCUCAAAACAUUGAUAAUCGGGAUCUUCCGAAUUUCGAACUACUAUCGCCUCGUCUCUGGGCUAACCUAGUACCGUAUGAUUAUGGAAGUGUUAUGCAUUAUUCAGCUGAUUCUUUUUCGAACAAAGAUGACGAACAAACAAUGCUUCCAAAAGAUCGAUCAUUUAUCGAAACAAUGGGAAGUAUGAUUCCAAACUUUUACGACUUCGAUCAAAUUAAUCAGUAUUAUCAGUGUUAUGACUCAUGCAGAAAUGCCGGGCAAUUAGCUAAUUGUGCAAAUGGGGGAAUACCAAACCCCAAUAAUUGUCAAGUUUGUAACUGUCCAAUGGGUUAUGGUGGAGAUCUCUGUGAUCAGAGGCCAGAAGGAUGUGGCAGUACACUCGUUGCAACAGAUCGCUGGCAAAAACAGAAGCUUUCUGUGAGAUUCAGUAGAAAUGAUGAUCAGUAUUUCACGUUUUGUAAUUCAUGGAUUGUCGGACCCUCCGAUCGAACAUUGCAAGUUAUUUAUGAAAUUACAUCCGAUUCAAUCAGACGACAAAUUUGUUCAUUUGGUUGUUAUGAAGGAGGAAUUGAAGUGAAACAUCUUCAGGACCCAAGGAUAACAAAUGAUAGAGAUUGUUGUCUGAAUACUCCAUUAAAUCUAACAACUACUGUUAAUCCACUCCCAGUUAUUCUAUAUACGUCGGGAGCAACUGUCACUUAUGACUUUUCGUACAGAUACGUGUGAGUCAGAACUUUGUUAAUCAGUUUUGUUAUUCUUUUUUUGCACCCGCCUUCUUUGUUUCAAAUGAUGAUCUCUUGUCAAUAAACGAGUAUUUAUGC